UCAAGAAUAUAUGUUUUGUUUUUGAUAUCGAUAUUUUCUAAAAAAAUAUCAAAGAAUAUACAAAAUUGUAAAUCCUUACAUGGAUAUAAUUUAUAUGAAAAAUCAAGUAAUUAAUACACACUUUAUUUGUGUUACUUGUGCUAUUUUGCAAGGAAGUAAUAGUUGUGAAAACUAUUCAAUCGAUUGAAUCAUCAGUUUCUAAUUAUUAAUAUCUACCGUAAAGUACUGUUACAUUUAUGAAUGUGGGAAUUUUUAACAGAGUUAAUAGUAAGGUGAGAUUGCUUACCGGUUUGCUAUAUUAUAAUUUGUUAUGAAUAAGGAGAGUGACGGCAUGUACUCGGAAUGGAGUUCAUUGCCCCUGGAGGGCGGGGGCUGCGGCGUCCUCGGCGCUGUUGGCGGCCGGGACGUAGUGCUGGCUGUUGUGAGGCAGCUUGCUUCACAUCAGCCAAGCCCUUUGAAUACUGACGCUGAGGUGGAAUGGGUGCUCGAAGUGAUACGCUACGGGCUUUCCCUCCCACUCUCCGAGCACGAAGCGGUGCGCGACUGCGUCCGCGUCUGUUGCUCCUGGCUAUCAGCACUCCUGCCCCCUGCAGCACCUGCACAACCACCGCCUCCAGCUGUGCCGGCACCCCUCGCGGCGGCACCUGAACGAUACGCUACGAAGAUACUGAGUCACUUGCAUAAUCUGUUUGUGCCGAGGCAUAAUGAGAGUGCGGAUCUAAUAAGCAAGCAAGCGGUGCUAUGCCAUCGCGUGCUCCGAUUGGCCCGUUCUCUGGCUGAUAGCGCGGCAUUGGGUCCUCGUGAAUGGCGUGCUCUAUUGCUGCUGCUAUUGGCCGCUGCGGCCGCGCUGCUAGCGCCACCAGCUCCAGUGCAUGGGGCGGCGGAGCAACUGUGUGAGAGGGUUCUGUGUGUGCUGUUCGAAGUCUGGAUAUUGGCUUGUCAUAGAUGUUUCCCCUCCCCGCCGCUAUGGCGUACAUUGCGCGAGCACUGCAUCAGUUGGCGGCACCGUGCGCCGCUCACAGAGCAAUGGACGCGAGUAUCGUUGUGUUUAACUGCAAGACUGCUGAAGCAUAUGUACGGCCCGCUGUUCCCUGUUAUGCCUAUCAGCGAGGAGGAUGCUUCACUGGUACCAGCGGACAUGAGCGCAGAGAGCGUGAUGCAAGCCUGGUACCGCGUGCUGCACACCAUCGGCAACCCCGUGGACCUGUGCCGCCCGCACCUCAUCAGCCACACGCCGCACUUCCUGCAGCACGCAAUGCGCUGGGAAGACGGCAGCCAGCAAGCAUGUCUGAACGCAUUACCGGCGAUUUUCCACCGCGCCAUGCUGGGGCUGGCCGCACACGUUGAUGCCUUCCUCGGGCGCGGGCCGGAGCGCUGGUGGGAGGGCGCGGGGGCUGCGGGCGCGGGGGCGGGGGGCGCGGGGGCGGAGCCCGAGCGGGACGAGGGCGAGACCACGCCCCCCGCGCACAGACGACUCGCCAAGUCCUUCAGCACCAGCCGCCCACGGGACAAGAUGCCGGAGAAAAGUACUCCUCGCACGUCACUUAUAGGAUUGAGCAGUCGACCAUCUAGUGUGGUUCCUACCACACCGCCUAAUUCUAUUUCUUCCCAAGUCGGUGAAACAGAAAAGCCGCCACUCACACCGCUACGUCCGAAAGUGAACUCGAUACUGCAUCUGUUCGGUGAAUGGCUGUUCGAAGCCGCCUUGAUUGGGACCACGCCCACUAACACGCAACAAAGAGUGGAAGGAACACCGCCUCCUCCAUCGCUUUCGGACGCCACGCAAAAGCUUAAUAUGCUAAGUUAUCAGCCAGGUCGUGCAGUAGCCCUGGGUACAUUAUGCCGCGUGAUAUGCUCGAAGCAAUGUCGCGAAGAAGUGCUCGCUCCAUACUUGGCGCGCACGUACGCCGCGCUGCAGCGGGGUCUGAGAGACCCGGCCACGGCGGCCGCGGUUGUGCUGGACGCGGCUGAUAUAUUUAGAUUAGAUCUCGACGGCGUGCUAGUGUUAGUGCCUGAUUUCAUAACAGCACUAGACCGCAUCCUAUCAGAACGGGAACCGAAGUUAGAAUGCGGGUCCAUAGACAAGCGGGAACUUCGCAAAGCCGCCAUUAGUCUUCUGUUGUCUUUGGUCGCUUUCCCUUAUCAUUAUAGAGGCUUACCCGUACCGGAGUUUCCUGGAUGUAACGAGUAUGCGGGUAUGACACUCGGCGAGUACGCACGCGGCAAGCUAUCUCUCAUAUGCGUAUCUGCUGUACAAGUCGAAACCGUGGACGCACUUGCUGUACCUCUACUGAGUGCGUUGUAUCUGUGUGUGAGACACAAUGCGCAUGCGUCCAGUGCUGCCAUCAGUGGGCCGGCUUCGAGAGCUCAUAGUAAUGAGUAUAAGGCCCGGUCAGACAGCAGCAGCGGGCCGGCGAGCGCCGAGAGCGUUCAGGACGACUUCGCGGCUGAUGUUAGGGAGCUAGAUCCAUCAUCGCCUGUUUUCGGUGCAGCAUUAGUAGUACGUGCAACUUACCUGGUUUGUCACCGACUUAUAUCAUCUUGGAAAGGAGAUUUGCAAGUAUCUCUCGCUGCGUUGGAACUUCUCUCUGGCCUUGCGAAAUUACACUCUUGUAAACCUGAAAUAAUAAUAGAUGCGUUAGAACGCAAGCGUGCAGUGCGCUGGAUCUGCGACUACAUCUCAGUGCAGUGCGGGCGCCCGCCGCAAGCGCACUCGCGUGACCUGCACUCGUGUGUAGUGGCCGCGUAUGCUUGCCUUGCUGCGUGGUUAUGCGAACCAUUAUUGGCUGAUCCAGACUGCCUAGCUGCGCUUAUGGAGGUCGUGGAGUUGGGUAUCUCCGGGUCGAAGAGUCAGGGCAAACCAGGAGAGCCCACAAAAAUGAAAGACGAAAAAGAAUUGAAGCCUGUGUCCAUGAGAGUGCGAGACGCUGCCGAAGCUCUACUAAUGUUGAUUCUCGAACAGACCGGCACAUCCGGUAUGGGUACUUGGUGUAGGCUAGACGAGCGUUGGCUCGCUGCGUUAGGUCACGGCAAGCUGCGGCAUUUCGUCGCAGAUGGUAGUACAAUACUGUCUCUGCUUGAAGAACCACUAGCUAAUAGCCAAGAGCCGCAGCCUACUAUUAUUGUGGUGGUGCGCAGCGGGUGGGGCCGCUCCGCGUGGGCGCUGCGGCGGCGCGGGGCGGCGCGCUGCGCGGGGCGCGGCGGCGGGGCGUGCGCGCGCCCCGUGCCCAUGCUGGAGCCGCCGCCCCGCCCCCCCGCCGCCUGCCUGCCGCUGCCGCCCGCCCCGCCCUGCGCGGUUGACUCCGCUUUCCCAAGCUUGGACGCAGUACUACGGCAACUAAACGACCCCGAUGCUAAUGUACUAUUCAAACUGUUGGAACAGCAAGCGGCCAUUGAGAAGAAAGUUAGAGAUAGCGAAGACAAUGUGGUACCAGAGGAGUAUGUACCUCCAGAACCAGUGACUGAAUUCCAAACGGCAAGAAUGUUCCUAUCGCACUUUGGGUACUUGAACAUUGCAGCAGAUAAAAAAGGCAGUCCCGCCCGCCUCACAGCACUAGACAGCUCAGCUCCCGGUUUCCACGCGGCACUACGUCGGCUAGACGCGACCGGCGCCCGCGCCGCGCUCACCGUGCACGCGCUGUGCGUGCGCGCCGGCCAGACGUGCGCGCGGGACAUUGUGGCCAACGCGCUCAGCGCACACACCGUGCCCGCCGGCUUUGUACGCAUGCUGCGCGGGCUAGGUACACCUGUCCGAGUGUCCGGACACGCGGGCUGGACGGGCCACGUGCGCACGAGCUACGACGCACAGCCGCACUUCACGCAAUCUGAGCAUUCUCCGCCAGAAAACAUUGCACCCGCGAUCUAUGAUGGUAGAGAACAGGUAUUGUACUGGUCGGAUGCGACAGAUGAAAUCGCGUUCGUAGUGCCGUCCGGUCGGGAGCUGAGCGAGGCUGAUGAGUUUGGAGACAGCAAGUGUGAUGUGGAUGGCUCUUGCUUGUCUGUCAAUCGCGGUGACAAAACGAGCGGCUCGUGCUGGGACGUGUCCAGUAACACAUCACAUGCGAGCUACGAGCGCAGUACCAGUGAAUGUGAGCGACGUAUACCCCGCGUGGAUAAGACGAGGGCACUAUCACUAGAGCUGGAUAGAGUUGCGCCUGCACCAGCUGGGCCUGCACCUGCAGCGCCUGCUGGAAGUUCUGGUGCUGCGGCAUCUGCUGCUCCUGCUGGAUCUGCAGCUUCUGCUAGUGCGCUGUCAGGUAGCGGAAGGAGGAAUCGAGAUUUUGCACCAAAAAUUCUUAUCAUCUGGUUGGAAGAUUUUGAGGAUCAUCUCAAUUUGCCAAUCGAUGAUUUGUUGCGGUACUGCGAGACGGGCGUGCCGUGGCGGCGGCACGAGGUGUGGUCCAUCUGCAUCAGCGGCGUGCUGGGCGGGCUGGUGCGCGUGCUGGCCCCGCCCGCGGCCGGCGUGCUGGCGGACGGGGCCCUGCUGGCGCCGCGCCUGCUGCCGCACUGCCUGCGCCGCGCCGCCACGCACCUGGCGCGCCGCACCCGCCUCAACACCGACCUAUAUCAACCUCCCCAUGUUCGACGACGUCACUUGAUACAAGAAAUUGCACAACAAUACAAGAAAGAUUUAGACGAGCCACAGCUAUUGGAAUCGCUUUUUAGAGCACCCUAAUAUAUUGAAGAUUAAUAUAUUAAGAGUUAAUAAAAUUUGUAACAGCUUUCAGUAUUUUAUGAUAAUAUAAUUAUCUAUUUAUCACUCGAAUUGUAAGAUAAACUUAAUUUUAAGACUGAUUUUUUAAUAUUAUGUUAUUUUUUAAGAAUGACUAACAUUCCACAUUUAUGUCAACGUACUUAUUGUUAUUUAAAUAUAUUAUAAAAUAUUAUGUAAUGAAUUUGUUUUAAUAAAAUAUAGAUUCUUA